AUGUGUUCCUUAACGUUCACACAUCUGCACAGUAUAUUUGACUGGAAUGUGAAACAAUUAUUUCUGUAUUUAUCAGCAGAAUAUUCAACAAAGAACAAUGUAAGUAUAACUUGUAAAGUGGUUAAAUGGAAAUGCAUACUAAUUGUAUAGUUAUUUCUGUCGACUCAUGAAGGGGGAGCAGGAAAAAACUUAAACGCGUAGCAGAGUUCCCCCCCUCCCCCCCCAAAAUAGACCAGAGGCAACUGUACUUCAUUCAGCAGAGCUUUUACUGCUGCUGAGGCAAGUGAGCAUAAUGGUCACAAAUCCAAUACAUUCAGGAUUGGCACAGUUCAUAAAAAUCCAGUUGCAGCACUUACAAUAAAACUUGCAAAACUUAUCAUAAGACUAAACCUUAACACUACAGUGGUACCUCGGUUUUCGAACGUUUUGGUUUUGAACGCCGAAAACCCGGAAGUAACUGCUUCGGUUUUCAAAUGCGCCUCGGAAAUUGAACAGGAAACGCGGCUUCCAUUUUGAGUUUUCUGUAAGUAAAUGCUUCCGGAAGUAAAUGCUUCGGGUUUCAGAAGUCGAAUGGUCUUCCGGAAUGGAUUAAGUUUGAAAACCGAGGUACCACUGUGUCGCAUACAGAAACAAAACACUAGAACAAAGAGAGAGAGAAAGAAAAAGUGAGCGAGAGCCAGGCUCCUCCUGGCCUGACUAUCAUAGUCAGCUUGACCUUGACAGAAAGGGCAACAAAAGCAGUUUAAACCAGCUGUACUCAGCUUCCCAGCAGAAAUAACCCAAACAAAAACUAAUGUUUGGCAAAAGUUGGAAAGUGUUUCUGUAUUCUGAAAGUUUGUAGGUAAGAUCUGAAAUCUGUUUCGCAAAGUUGUCUUUGUAGAAAGGGGAACACUUUGGUUUUCAAACGUUUAGUGUUGUAAAGUCCCCAGCACCUUAUAAUAUCUGCUUCUACGAAUGUACUCAUGGCUGUCUUAUCCUGAUACAACUGUGCCACUGAUGUUUGUAGAAUAUUUAAGUGGGCACUACAUUGAAAUUGGUAUGUUACCACUCUUUAAUUCCUCAUUCCUUGCCUAAAAAACUUUGAAAACAUGCCUGUGUAUUCAUGAUUGUGCUAGUUACACAUGGAUGGAAUAGUGAUGCUCUGGUUUCUUGGAUGAUUGCACAAUCUAUAAUUAUCUGCUGCUUGUUAUAUUCUUCUGAUUGUUUCAUCAGUCUCUGGCCUGGUUCACGCAUCACGCAAAACCAUAGAAAACCAGCUAUGGUCUAAUGUGAACAAGGAGCUUGUUAGUGCACUCUACUGAAAAAUUCUCACUUUGCUUCUCCUGUUCUUGCUGCUGCAAUGCCUCUGGGAAACAAGUCAGAUUUUGACUUGUCAUGAUGGGCAAAUGUGUGUUUGCAGUUUUUCUCCAAACAAACCAUGAGCAAUACUCAAGGUCCUUGGCUUAUUGCUUGUGGUGGAAGGGUGAACCAUGAGCCCAGAUUCAUGUUGUAACAAGGUGGAUUGUCUUGUUUCCCAGCAGCACAGCAUGAGUGGUAGAAGAGGAGCAGAGCAAAACUUUUCAGCGCACAAGUGCAAAUGUAUAUUUACAUUAAAGCAUAGUUUGUUUCCAUCUGUGGUUUAAUGUGGUGUGAUAACAGGGUCUCUGUAACUGAAAGAAGGCAAACAGUGAAACAUUGCCACUCAUAUUUUGUGAUUCUUGCUAGAUAGAUCCACCAAGUCCUCUGCAGAAAACAUGUAAAUACAGUGGUACCUCGCAAGACGAAUACCUCGCAAGGCAAAAAACUCGCUAGACAAAAGGGUUUUUUGUGUUUUGAGCUGCUUCGCAAGACGAUUUUCCCUAUGGGCUUGCUUCGCAAGACGGAAACGUCUUGCAAGUUUGUUUCCUUUUUCUUAACACCGUUAAUACAGUUGCGACUUGACUUCGAGGAGCAACUCAUAGAACACGGUGUAGUAGCCUUUUUUGAGGUUUUUAAAGACCUUGGUGAUUUUUGAAGCUUUUCCAAAACUUUCCCGACACCGUGCUUCUCAAGACGAAAAAAAUCGCAAGACGACAAAACUUGCGGAACGCAUUAAUUUCGUCUUGCGAGGCACCACUGUAGGCUGGAAAUACUAGUUUAUUCCAAUUUCCAUUUAUUUUAGUAAGACCUUAUGUGAGACUGGCAUUUUGGGGGAGUGGUCUGCAGUUCUCAAUCUAUUUGGUGCACAGUUAUAGCUCUGAAUUACUAGUCAGCUAUGCAUACAAUACAAAUCUUGAUAACAGUAACAAAGUCUGUUUUAUUACAUGUUAAUUUUCCAAAAGCAGUUCAUUAACUGUUUACUUCUUUUUAUUGUAAUGCUACAAUGUUUUUUCAGGAAGGAUUUUUUUUUUUUUUGCCGAUGCUUUACUAUGUAGUUUACUUUUGAGCCUAUAUCUCUUACGAUAUCACUAAAAGAAAGCCCUCAAGCCCUGUGUGAAUGGCUAUCUCCAUGUUCCGCUUCCUUGAUGAGAAAUUUUUGCCAUUUUCUAUUCCUUUUAGUGAUUAAUGGCAGCUUUAAUUGCAGGCUUUGAACCAGGUUGUCCUCUGGGACAAAAUUAUUUUAAGAGGGGAUAAUCCAAAGCUGCUGUUGAAAGACAUGAAAUCAAAAUACUUCUUCUUUGAUGAUGGAAAUGGUCUCAAGUGAGUAAAUUCCCUUCCUGUAUUCGUUUUGAUUAUGUAUGCAGUGAUGUAGCUGAGAGAACUCGUCAGCAGAGAAAAUGUUUACCUUCAGGAAUGCGCUCACGUUGUCAUCUACGUUCUUUUAGUGGAAUAACAUAAACAUUUUCUUAUCACAGGCUUUCUGUCAAUAUAACACAUUUUGCAAACAGCCAUAGUUCAAAUAACUUACUAUGUGCAAAAUCCGAGUUCCCCCUGUGUCUUUUGCAGCCACAUUUAAUGUUGUUGUGGUUGUGCCAGCUGGAAGCUGUCAAAACUUUGGAGUAGUCUCCUCAUUACCUGCAAGCACAAUCUAACCUACAGCAGCUAAGCGGAUGAAACGAAUUAGCACGAUGGGUGAGACAAUGAGCAGGGUGGGGAUGGGGAGCAAGAUGCACAGGGAACAGUUAUACUAGGAGAGGGUUCUUAUAUAACAUUGGAAAUGAUGGAAGGAAAGCAGCAACCAGAAAGAGUGUUUACAAGGGCUCACAGAGUUUCUACUUUUUAUAGUGCUUCUGUUUCUGGAUUUAGGGUUCAAUACAUUAGUGUUCUCAAGUCCUAUUGAGAUCUGCAGCACUUCCAACGCUUAACAGUAAUCUCUUUGAGGACACUUUCUGCAGAUUAGCACAUCUAGAGUUUGGUAAUUUUUUUAAGAUGCAAAGUAUCAUAAAUAUCGUUAUAGUUUCUUGAUGAGAAAAAUUGGUCCCUUGCAUGUGGCCAAUGGAUUGUAUGAUAAAUAAGAUUAACGAAUUCUUAACACUGGCAUACAUGGUCCUGCAUGCUGCAGCAUUUAUUGCAAUGUACACUGCUUAGAGUAUUCAAAUGAUUCUACUAAUACUGUGUUCAAAUUUCAGGGGCAACAGAAACAUCACAUUGACUCUUUCAUGGAAUGUCGUACCAAAUGCUGGCAUCCUACCUCUUGUGACAGGAGCAGGACACAUAUCUGUUCCAUUCCCAGAUACUUAUAAAACGGCAAAAAGCUAUUAA